AUGGGCUUACUCUCCAAAUUUCGGCGCCAGCCGAAUGAGCCUGACAUACAGGACAACUCUUCCAACGAUGUGGAAUUCAACAAGCAGGAGGAUGGCCCUCUGCACAUCUUCAACUGGAGGGUCAUCUACAUGGGAGUCCUGGUCUCAAUGGGCGGAUUCAUCUUCGGCUAUGACACCGGUCAGAUUUCCGGCUUUUUGGAGAUGCCAGACUUUUUGGAGAGGUUUGCCGACUCGACCGACCCAGACACUGGUGCCCCUAAAUUCAGCAACGGCCGUUCCGGAACCAUCGUUGGCCUGCUCUCUAUUGGAACUCUCAUCGGCGCCCUCAUUGCUGCCCCCGUCGCGGAUAAGUUUGGCCGCAAGUAUUCCAUCGUCUUUUGGAACCUGAUUUUCUGCGUCGGAGUAAUCGUUCAGAUCGUUACCACCACCACGUGGUACCAGGUCGCCCUGGGCCGCUGGGUCGCUGGUCUCGGUGUCGGCGGCCUUUCCGUCUUGACUCCCAUGUACCAGUCUGAGACGGCUCCGCGCCAGGUCCGCGGUGCUCUCGUUUCCGCCUACCAGCUCUUCAUCACGCUCGGUAUCUUCACAGCCUACUGCAUCAACUACGGCACAGAGGCCAUGGACAGUGCCGAUUCCUGGCGCAUUCCCAUGGGUGUUGGCUUCAUCUGGCCCGCUCUCAUGGCCUUUGGCAUGUUUUUCCUUCCCGAGUCUCCCCGCUGGCAGUACCGUCAUGGCCAGGUCGAUGUUGCCUGUGCUACCAUCGCAAAGAGCUACGGAGUGCCCGAACACCAUCCCGUCGUUACCAACGAGAUUCGAGAGAUCAAGACGAAGCUUGACGCCGAGCAAGCCGGCGGUGGUAAACACCCAUGGUACGAAAUCUUCACCGGUCCCCGGAUGGCCUACCGCACCCUUCUAGGAAUCACUCUUCAAGCACUGCAGCAGCUUACGGGUGCCAACUUUUUCUUCUACUACGGCACCACGAUUUUCACUGCUACUGGACUGUCUAACAGCUACGUGACGAGUAUGAUCCUUGGCGCUGUCAACUUCGGCUGUACAUUCCCUGGUCUGUACUUCGUUGACCGCUUCGGCCGCCGGCCCUGUUUGAUGGCGGGUGCCGCCUGGAUGUUCAUGUGCUUCAUCGUCUUCGCCAGCGUCGGCCACUUCGCCCUUGAUCAGAACGACCCGACCAACACUCCCAAGGCCGGCAGUGCCAUGAUUGUCUUCGCCUGUCUCUUCAUUGCCGCCUUUGCAUCGACCUGGGGUCCGAUGGUGUGGGCCGUCGUCGGCGAGAUCUACCCGUCCCGCUACCGCGCCAAGUGCAUGGGCCUGGCCACGGCCAGCAACUGGGUGUGGAACUUCCUGAUCUCCUUCUUCACGCCGUACAUCACCGGCGCCAUCGACUACCGCUACGGCUACGUCUUCGCCGCUUGCUGCUUUGCCGCCUUCGUUGUUACGUUCUUCUUCGUCUGCGAGAGCCAGGGUCGCAGCCUUGAAGAAAUUGAUACAAUGUAUGUCUUUGGCGUCAAGGCCUGGAAGAGCAAGAACUGGCAGCCCCCGGAGGGCGAGGAUCUGACUACCCUGGAUAACACGUACCUCACGCCCGGCGCGAGGGAUAUCAGGAAGCCUACAGCAGAGCGGAGAGAGAAUGCUGGUGUGGAAGAUGUCGAGAAGAAGGAUGUUUAUCACCCUGUGCAGCAGGAGUGA